GGGACGCGCCAAAAUAAACCAUUCUUCUUUUCUUGCUCAGGGCAUCGGAGUUCGAGUGACUGAGGCGGUAACCGCCGGAGAUGUCCGUUAUCGGGUGGUACGGACCUCUGGUUGAUCUCUCUGAAGCCGCUCUUCACGUUGGCGGUUUCGUUCAGCUCCUCGUCUUCAUUCAUCGAUCCACUCCCGUUGAGUACAAAUUUUCCAAAGGCGGAGAGGUCAUCAGGACGGACAUCAAGGUAGCUGACGAUACGCGGUCGUUUUUCUCUGUAUCCCUCUGGCAGAAGAAAAUGGCCGCCACAGCGGUUCCAGGCGAUGUUGUAUUGUUGCAGAAUGUGAAACUAAGGAAAUUCGGAGAUGCAGUUGAGGCCACAACUGUCCAUUGCUCUUCCUUAGUAUGCGUAAUACACCCGUACGAAGCACUUGUCUCUGAAGAUGCAGAUGAUUUACUGGCCAAUUGUCGAGCUGGUUUAGUGGCAAAAGAAAAGCUGAGGAAGGUAGUAGAAUGGGUGAAGGGUGCUGGAUCUACCUUCUGCAACAUAAAAUGGAAUAAUAACCAAAGAAAUAACCAUUUCUUCCGGAACUGGAAAUUGCCUGAAAAGAGGAUGUCCAAAGACUGUUUUUCGCUCUCUGAAGUAUCAUAUCUAACUGAAUCAUGCAAAGCCAUAUUUGAUGCAUCAAUUGGUGAAAUCUUUUUGUUAUCUCCCCGGAUGGAUCUCGAUGAACCUCGAAAAGAAAAGAUGUUUGUCAGCAGGCGGUUGGACAAUUAUGAAGAUACGUUUCUGGCAGAAGAUCUCAUUUGCACUGGUUGUCAGAUAUGUGGUUGCCCUUUGGGUCUGGAAAGUGGGCCCGUGGUUGAUCAGAAUUCUGUUCCACUUUAUUGCCCAAAAAGCUUGAAUCGCCUUCAUGUAGUAAGCAUGAUAUAUAAGCCUUUCAUGUUGUAUGUGUGGGAUGAAUCAGAAUGCAUUCCUCUUCUUGUUAAGAACCAAGCUGCAGAAAUCUUGUUUGGUAACAUUAAAGCUGAAAAAGUCUACUCGUAUUACAGUGAGCAAAAAUCCAACCCCAAACCUAAUUCAGAAGCUGUUACCGAAGCAAAGCACUCCAGUGCUUCGGUUGCUAAUUCCCAGCGAGCUAUCAGGAAAGGAGAGAGGCCCUCCAGAAAUAUUUAUUUCAUAUGGUUGAUCUUUCUGAAAAUGUUGUUGCAGCAAGGAAAAAAUAGCCCCCUUAAAUUUGAAAUUACGGUAAAUACCAGUGUGGACAAAGAGAGUGGGAGAUUUGAGAUGGUUUCGUCGUCAUUCCCAUGUUUCUUAACCAAUCGAUCCUUGGACCGAGCACAUUCUAUAUGCGAUUAGAAGAAGGAAAUUGUGAAUAAACAUCUGAAAUUCCUGAAGCAGAUGGAGGGAACUUCUUCUCUACGUGGAGGGAACGGCGAAGCCAAAGUCUCGAAGUCCUUUAUAAAAACUUAAUGCUAAGUAUAAUUUUAUUGCAAAAC